UGACGAUUGACAUUUGACGUUGACGUUACGUGUUUUUAUUUGGGACAAUUGGAAAGGAGCGAAAACUGACUUUUUAAUGAUAAAUAUUUACACCAAAAUUGUAUAAUUGUUGUGUUUCAUAAAUUUUUACUUUAAGCAAGAUGCCUUCGAUGAAAGUAGAAGGAGACAGUGAUGGGGACGGGGAUAUGUCUGGAGGAGAUACGGAAAGAUCAGGGGGCUCGUCUAGAGGCCCUGAUCGUGAUUCUAGCGCUGAGGAAGCCGAUGAACCAGAUUCUGAUGACUCCUCAGAAAUGGAUGAAAGCGAGUGCGAGCGUAGGAGAAACGAAUGCCUGGAUAACUUAGCUAAUUUGGAGAGGCAGUUCACUGUGCUACGAGAGCAACUCUACAAUGAAAGAAUGAAGCAUGUCAAGUAUCAGCUCACCGAAGUCCAAGGUGGUAGAUCGCAGGAGUACCUUGGCCCUUUGCGCCGAUUGCAGGAAAAUAUGAGAGUUAGGAUCGAAGUGGCUGGAAUCCUAAAGAAGAUGCGGAUUGAGAAUAUCAGACACAAGUACGACGCUGAGGAGCAGGCCGCGCACCAGAAUUUUAGGAGUGAAAAAUGGCUAACGUACGAGAAAUUAAAAGAAGAAAUACUCGAAAAGAUUAGGAAAAUCGAAGAGGAAAGACACGCAGUCGACCUGUGGCCCUGCGGCGCGGAGUGGGGCCGCAAGCGACGGAGACGGCAGGUGUCGGUGUCGCCGCCCUACGUGGUGUACAUGCUGCCGGACUCGGAUAUCAUGGAGGAUUGGAGACUGGUUAGGAAGCUACUGGAACGAGCUGAAUGAUACGAGUCAUUUAAAGAGGUUUCCGGACAUUGUGACAAAGAUUUUUUAAAGUUGAAAUAUCAUUGAAAUGUUGACUGUCAUCGAAAACAAUUCGGCGGAACUAAGUAGAGAGCAAACGACGCGGUUCUUAUGUCGAUUUCGAAUGUGUUUUUUCGAAUAUAUCUCAUAGUCCUAAAAUUAACCUUAUUUAUUAAUAAUUCGUAAGAGAAUACACACGAUAUAAAAAAAAAAACCUAUUUAAGACAGAAGUAUGCAGUUCGAGGUGCCACGUAUAAAUAAAAGUAUGACCUCAAACACUAUAAAAAAUUUUGUUGCUCUUAUUUCGUAGAAUUUUCAACCCUGAAUUUUAGCGAGAUGUGUAAAAGGAACAUUCUAGGGAUUGUUAGUUUAGAUUUUAUAUAAGGCUUGA